CUUUCCUCACUUCCGUCACACAUUGCCGUAUUGCAACUUCGUCUGGUCGGUAGGCAUAGGCCGACGGAUAAUCCCGGAUAAGCCGCAAGCAACACCAAUGGCGCCGCCGCUCCUCCUCCUCCUCCUGCUGCCGCUCCUCGCCGUGGCCGCCGAGGCCGUCCCUCCCAACCCGGCGGCAGCAGGCGGCAGUGCUCCCCCGGUCCCGACGCCGUGGCCGGAGCAGUUCCACGCGGUGAUGUUCACCAACCUGACCGAGAGCGGCGGGCGCCUGCAGCUCAUCGACCUCUACUACGACUGGCCCCGCGGCCGCAACCUGAACCUCAUCCACAACCAGCUCUCCGGCGACCCCACCUACGACGUGGAGUGGACCAACGGCACCUCCUACAUCUUCGACUCCGCCUCCUGCCGCACCAUACGCUUCCCCGUCGGCGUCCUGCCCCCGGACUGGCUCCACGGCGCCGUCUACCUCGGCCGCGAGAGCACCGACGGCUUCGACUGCCACCUCUGGACCAAGGUCGAUUUCGUCUGGUACUACGAGGACGUCCUCACCCACCGCCCCGUCCGCUGGAACUUCUUCAAUGGGAUGCAGCAGCAUGUGAUGAGCUUCGAGGUGGGCGGGGUGCUAGAGGACUCCCACUGGCAGGCACCCUCGCACUGCUUCGCUGACGACGCCACCGCCGCCGCCGCCACCGGAACCGAUGCGGCGAGCAGCCUCCUCAGGCUCGCACGGACGACCGCAGCGGCUGUAACAUCUGCAGCUUAAAAAGUAGAGUUGGAUUCCCACCGGUCGUUUUUCCAUUUCAUUAUGAAUCUAUCUAUUCGAUAAAUCACGAGUGGACAUACAUCCACGCGAGGAUGAUAUCUACUCCCUCCGUCUGUGAAUAAAUGUACAUGUAAUAAAUAUACAUCUAGCUUUUGUUUUAAGUCAAAGUUUUAAAACUUUGACCACCUUUCAAGGAUAAAGUAAAAGUAUUUAUGGCACCAAA